AUGGCUACUAUUUAUCAUCAAUACGGUAGAGGAGACUCUACUUUUAUUUGUCCUCAAUCCAAGCCAGUCCAAGAUGAUUCUCCUCAACUUGAAAAUGCAAAACGAAGACUCUCUGAGCAAUCUGAAAGACGCUUAUCAGAGCAACGCAGACGGUCUUCCAUUACCAGUGAAAAAGUAUCUGCUCUAGAUAGCAUGGACUCAUUGCGUAAAGGCAAACUACCUACUAACCACCAACUGGACCGUAUCAUGACAGGUCUCUUGAACAGUGAGACCAUCGAGACAAACAAGAGGUCCAUGUCUGAAGAUGGCCAAUUGCUUCUUGAAGACUUUCAAGAACUCUUAAUGACACUUCAGCGUGCUUUAAAGACCAAGAAUCAAGAUGAACUAUUUCAAUCGAUGUUCUAUCAUGUUCGCAAAUCAGAACAGGCAAUCCAACAACCUAGUCAGACUGAACUCAAGACAAGUGCUGGUGCUAUCUUCAAGAUUGCCAAGUUGGUUCUUUUUAAUGCCAAAUUUAGAGUCUUGCUAAGUCAAAUCUUGGUGGUGGCUCAACAAGCCAUCGGGACUCGACUUGAACAAGGCGGGAAGACGAUCCAGGAAAAUCAUGCAGCUUCAGCCAAUCAGAUAUUGGGCGAUCAUCGAAAUUUCCUGCAACAUCGGUUUAUGGAGUCUGAACAUGGUCUUCAAGACGAUAGUGGUCAUGUUCUGGGUGAUCCUAAAGACAUGCAUUAUGGUCCUCAUCAUCAAGGAAAUCAACCUACUGUCUCAGAAACACAUCGAAAUUUUCUGCAACAUCGAUUCAUGGACACUGAAGCCAUGACAACCAAAGAUGAUGGUGGCCACACACUUACUGAAACUAACCCACACUCACCUGAUGGCGAUGCUCAUCUUAUCAAACGAUUCAAGGCAGGAUCUCAAGAGACAGAAUUAAAUUACAGUGGUGCCCAUGCUGCUGCUGACCUGUUCCGUGACAUACCUAACCAACCCACCAUGAUAAGCACUCAACCACAGGAACCUACUGCGACGAUAAACGCCAUAAUUUCUCAGCUUAAAGAGAUUGCUACUACUGUUCAGCAGAACCCUGAAUACCAACAAGCGAUCUCUGCUUUACUUUCCUUGUUUGGUGACUGGGGAAAACGAUUGACGGAGAACACACGCUUUGACCACUUGGAUCGUCGUUGUUCUUCUACUGUAGAACCCUCUGAAGAAGCAGAAUACUAUACCUAUACAGCAUCUCGUGAGGCCAAGGCUAUUCUUGAAGAUUGGGCUCAAGGCAAAUCAUUGGAUCCCAUAAUUGAAAAGGGACAUGAUUUAGCCACCAACAUCAAGCAAGACACUGAAUUGCAACAGUUAUACAAUGAGAUUUCAGAUUAUAUUCAUAAACUGUUAAAAGAACCUGGUUAUCUUGAAGCAAAUCAAUCAACACAAGAUGGUAAAAGACUUGUGGAACAACUACGUCAAUCUGCUGUUGAAAAAUACAGGCCAGAAGCAAACAGCAUCUUACAAGAAGCAAGCGACUUUGUCCAGACAGUCACCAAUGACCCUAUCUCCAAAGAUAUUUCAAAGCGUGUGAAAUCAAUCCAUCGAAAUUUGUGGUAUGAUGGCCAUGGCCAUACUGCAUUCAAGCCUCAAUUGUUGAAUGACAUCAGAAUCACUUUGAUUCCUGCUUUGAUUGAACAAGUCAGAUAUGUAGCCCUUCCACAAAUUGUGUACAGUGAUAGACAAUAUGAAAUUGCUAUUGAAAACAUGAUUUUAGCGGGUGAUACAUUGAUGCCUGAUAUUUUUGAAAUCAGAGCUGAGGACUAUUUGAGAUUUAGUCCCAAAGCAGAAUUGAGUUAUACAAAUUCCCAAAGUAUUCAUAUUGACAUGUCAGGCAUUCAGACCAGUAUGGACGACGUCGUCUUUUAUUACAAGAGAAAGGUUGGAUUUCCUCGACUCUCUGAUUCAGGUGUUGUUUCUCUUCAUACUGGAGGUGAUGGUUUGAAGAUUUCUAUGGUCAUUGCAAGUAGUUCUGUUGAUCAAAAGCAUACGUUCCGUCUUGACAAAUGUUAUUGUCAUAUCGAUAAGUUGAAUGUCAAAGUUCAUCAUAGUAAACACAAUAUGCUUUAUAAAGUCAUGAGUCCUUUAUUAACAGGUAUUGUCAAAAGACAAAUGGCCAAAUCCAUUGAAACCAAGUUACAAGACAUAUUUGAAAAGGGAGAUGCAAAAAUCACUCAACAUUUGUUCUCAAAGCAAGAUCAAUCAAAGCAAAGCAAAAAGGUGUCUUCUAAAAGACCUGGAUUGUUUUCUCAUGUUAUUAAUGUCUUGAAUCAAAAAAUAGCUUCUAUCUAA